UAUCAGACUCCACGUUUUCACUCUUUUGAGACGAAGCAAAGGCCUCUCGUUGGAAAUUCUAUUUGGGUUUCUUCCCUUUUCUUUUACAUUUGUGUGGAAUCCUUUUCGGGUUUGGUUCGGGUUUCGUGAUGGGUGCUUUGGAUCAUGUCUCUCAUCUCUUCGACUGCUCUCAUGGGCAUUCCAAGCUGAAGAGACGCAAGCAGCUGCAGACCGUGGAGAUCAAGGUGAAGAUGGACUGCGAAGGGUGUGAGCGGAAAGUGCGGAGAGCAGUAGAGGGAAUGAAGGGUGUGACGCAGGUGGACGUGGUGCCGAAGCAUCACAAGCUUACAGUUGUCGGGUACGUGGACCCCGCUAAGGUGGUGGCACGUGUCGCGCAUCGGACUGGCAAGAAGGCAGAGCUGUGGCCCUACGUGCCAUACGACGUGGUGGCGCACCCUUACGCUCCUGGGGUGUACGACAAGAAGGCACCACCUGGGUACGUGCGAAACGCGUACGAGGACCCUCAGUAUUCGCAUCUGGCACGUGCGAGCUCCACUGAGGUGCGGUACACCACAGCCUUCAGUGAUGAGAAUCCAGCCGCUUGCGCUAUCAUGUGAUCAUCCUCAUUUAGAUAGACUCUCUAGGACCGUCAGAUCUUUUCCCCUUUUGCUUGUAACUCGUGUGUUUGAAUCUUCUUCUUCCUCUUUUAUUUGAAACAAUAUAUUUUGAUGUAAUUUUAAUAUAUAUUUUUUAA